AACUCCCAGCGUGCCAUGCAGCUUUUAGUCCCAGCAAGCCCCGCGCUGCGUGUCUGCCAAAGGUUGAGCGGCAACAUGGCGGCGUCUGGAGCUGGCGAUCCCCUAGAUGCUGAGAGUGGAAAGGCCCCUCUCGCUCAGCGCAUUGACCCGAGUCGCGAGAAGUUGACCCCCCAACAACUUCAGUUUAUGAGACAGGUGCAGCUUGCUCAGUGGCGGAAGACGCUGCCAAAGCGGCGGACCCGGAACAUCUUGACGGGUCUGGGCAUCGGGGCCGUCGUGUUGGCUAUUUAUGGUUACACUUUCUACUCAGUGUCUCAGGAGCGUUUCCUGGAUGAACUAGAGGAUGAGGCCAAAGCUGCCCGAGCCCGAGCCCUGGCAAGGGCAUCAGGACCCUGACUAAGAUGCCUACUAUACAUCUCCAUCCUGAUGGAACUCCUUAACGUGAUGGGUGAUGCCCCAUGACCCGUGAAAUUGAAGCCUGCUUACAGUUGCUGAACUUGCUGACCCUGGAUGAAGAUUUAGCCCAAGAAGCCAGGAAUUAUGCAUGAGACCUUCCUCAAAGGAACAUUUUCCACUUUACACUGACUAUGUGUUAAGGACUGAAUUUCUAGUCUUGUUUCCUUGUUUGAAAAAUGUGACGUUGGUUUUUCUCAAGUUUGCAGUUCACCCCUUCACAUCCUGGGGGCUUAACUGUUACGGGGUUGGGGGUGACAGCUCUGUGCAGAGUUGGAGUCUAAACUGGGACAGAUGUGGUCAUGCUGAGAAAAUAAAUGGAGUCAUCUCUUGGA